ACCACUGCAUGUCUAUUAUGGUAUAUUAAUUCAUAAAGUUCAGUAAAUGUAAUUAGUUGGGUCUUUGGUAUUACACUGUCAACAUGAAAAUAAUUAUUUUAUUUUAUGUUUUCUCAAUCAUUGCAUUGUCUCAAGGAAUUACUAAUUACUUACAAACAGAAGAAUAUGACUGUAUUAAAUGUUUGUGCCAUGCUAGAACUGGUUGUUACCGAAGAAGAAACUGUGCCUUAUAUUCCAUUAACUACAAUUAUUGGAAAGAAGCAGGUCAAUUAAAAGCUAAUUUACAGGACCCAAACGGUUCACAGCAGGCGUACAAUAACUGCAUGAGAGACGAAAAUUGCAUUGUCGGGACCAUUAUUGAAUAUACCAACAAAUUAAAUUUGGACUGUAAUUGUGACAACACCUUUGACUGUAAAGACAGACUGAUGCUCCAUAUAAAUGGUCGAAAUUGUAAUAAUAAAAACAAUAUGAGGAAUCCAUUUAUGGAGAGGUUCAACACUUGUGCUGAAAGUGUACGUUCCACAAAGAUGUCGAAUAACGAUUUUAUUUCUACAUGUGUUCCUGAAGCAAAUUAAAUGUGUUCACAUAAUUAAAUAUAAUAUAUACAUGUAUAUGUAAGAACAUA